CACGGCGGAAGUGAGGGUCUCUCACGUAAGAGUUGCUACCGGUGCUUAGCCACGUCAUGUAAACUUAGCAGUGGAUGGGUUGUGGUGUAAGACAGCAGCCUCGUCGUUUUUAAGUUAGUUAUUAAAAUUCCCCAGUGAGAAAGCUUUUUUCAGAACUUGAAGUCAUCAGAAGUCUUAUGGAAGGAUGUCGGACAUCGGGGACUGGUUCAGGAGCAUCCCGUUCAUCACCCGGUCUUGGUUUGCUGCUUCCAUAGCUGUUCCUUUUAUCGGGAAGCUAGGCUUGAUCGAUUUCAGAAACCUCUUACUCUUCCCAGAGCUGGUUUUCAGCAGAUUCCAUAUCUGGAGACCGAUCACAGCCACCUUUUAUUUUCCAAUAACCCCCAAUACCGGCUUUCUUUACCUUGUUAACCUGUACUUCCUUUAUCAUUACUCCACUCGGCUGGAGACAGGGGCCUUUGAUGGCAGACCUGCAGACUACGUGUUCAUGCUUCUCUUCAACUGGAUCUGCAUUGUUAUAACUGGGUUGCUCAUGAACAUGCAGCUGCUCAUGAUCCCGCUCAUCAUGUCGGUUCUGUACGUCUGGGCUCAGUUCAACAAAGACACCAUUGUUUCCUUCUGGUUUGGAACGCGGUUUAAGGCCUAUUAUCUACCCUGGGUCAUCCUGGCCUUCAACUUCAUUAUUGGAGGCUCUUUUAUGAACGAACUGACGGGAAACCUGGUGGGCCACCUCUUCUUCUUCCUCAUGUUCAAAUACCCCAUGGAUCUAGGGGGACGCUCUUUUCUGUCGACGCCGGAGUUCUUGUAUCGGUUCUUCCCCAACAGGAGAGGAGGCGUGUCGGGCUUCGGAGCUCCCCCCAGCAGACGACCAGCUGCCCAGGACCCCGCUGGCGGAGGGGCGGGGGGCCGACACAACUGGGGGCAGGGCUUUCGUCUGGGGGAAGAUUGAGGGAGUCCUGAACUGUCAGCAACAAACGGCUGGGCGGCCGAUGUUUUGGACUAAACCGUUUCUCACCCCCUUGUUUUAUUUCAAGAAAAUCAAAUGAUCAACUUUAAAUUGACUUUAAGUCAGGUUUAGGCUAAAAAAGACCAGGAAGUGCAGCAGGACUCUGUUCUCCGAGUGAAGAUGCUGCAGCAGCGUGGAGCAGAAUGUUUAACGCCACUCUGCUCCUGCCUGUCAGUCAGGAAGACGUGUUGUUUUUCUCUCUCUGACGCCAUAUUUGAUUUCAUUAGAAUUUCUUCAUGCACUGGGAGGCCGUCCUGCUUCAGAGCGCCAUCUCUGGGUCGGUUUUCACGGAUGUGAAAUGAUGACACGGCUGGCUUUUCUCCUGUUGUAAACAGAUGGAUGGAUCCUCGCUCUUUAUUGUAAAUAAAACUUUUUUUGAAAGAUGA